AUGACUCAAGAGGAGCAGAAGAAGGCCACCGAGCCCAAAACCGUCGUGUCGGACCCAUCACCGCCAUCGAUGGAUGAGAAAUCCGACGAUUCUAAAGCUAUUAUUGUUUACUUUGUUGUCAUUGCAGAAGAACCUGAAGAAGAGAAGAAAGAAGGUUCAUUGUACCGAGAUGCUGUUUUGGUUAGACUCGAGACAGAAAAGAGAAUGUCUCUCAUCAAAGCUUGGGAAGAGGCUGAGAAAUCCAAAGUGGAGAACAAGGCUGAAGAAAUGGCUGCAAAGUACCGCGCCACAGGAACUGCACCAAUAAAGCUAUAUGGAUGCUUUUGA